CAGUGGAUAUUAAAAGAAAGCGAACACUCAAUCGAACCGAUUGCAUUAAAAAGAACAUGCGUAUAUUGUAAUGAUAUAUAGAUUUAUUGUUAUCAGCUAGCCUUGUUAAUGGAUUUAAUCACGUGCCACAUGUUAACAUUGUGAUAAAUUGAAUGACAAGUCGGCUUCUUUAAUGCUAAUAUACAGUGUUCACCAAUUUAUAAGAUUACAAAUACAAUGAAAGACUAUAUAAUCAAUCAGAGUUAUUGAUUAGGAUACACUAUUUUGUGCAACAUUAGACCACUUACUUGUGAAAUAUUUAACAUGAUCUACAUGUUAAGUCUAGAUUGUCAAUGACUACACCUAAUAGGGUUUAAUAUAUUACGUACAUAGUGAAUUAACCUGUACAAAAUAAUCUACCUGACUGCAACUGAUUGUAAUUGACAGUGCAAAAUCCUUGCUGAAGGUAACAAGAGAUUAAUAAAACUAAUGAUUUCAUACUGGUCAAUAUAAGAUUCAACGUUUGCGAUAAAUAAAUUAUUAAUCUUGCCGGAACAAUGACCGCAGUACAUUCAUCUGUUCAUCCGAAAACCUGCAAGCUGCCGUGGGGAACCAUUCUAAAACCAGAGUUUGGAUUAGGUUACCAAAAAAUGAAUGAGUAUGAAAUCGACCAGACUGUCAACAGAUUGAGUCAACUACCCGCACCUAAAACAAGACCUUACUCUCGGGUUGGUAAACAGAUGGAUCAGGAUGAAAUUAAUGAAAUGCUUGAAAGGCUUACAAAAGUGAAAAAGGAGAAAAUUCCCGACCAUGACAGAAGAAUGACGUCAUCGCCUUACAGACAAAUGGGCGUGGUUAAUUCAUACGCUUGGAAAGGAUUUAAUUGAUGCUAUUUAUAUCGGAAAUAAUAUAAAAAAAAAGAUUAAAAACUCUUCUGUUGAUAUGAGACAAAAAUACGUUACCGGGAGUUGAAGAUCUAGUUAUAUAUAAAGACGUUGUAUCUUUCUUUAUUUUAAUUUUUGGAUAUCGUUUUUAGUCACCAUAUUCUCUUUUGGUAAAAACACAUUUUAAAGUAAAAAAAAAAUAAGUAACAAGUUUAGAUUUUUAACUUUAAUACAUACAUCUUGAAAUCUUUCAAUAUUAUAAUUGUUUUAGUUUUUAUAAACUGUAUAGAUCACAGCCACCAUACGCAUUAUGUCUUCAUUAUUGGUGCAGAAUAUUACAGCUUCUAAAACGUUUCCAAGGUUACAUAGGUUAUCAUUAUACAGAAUACCGUUUGAACCGGUGCUAGGGGGCGUGAGAGAUGUAUACCAUUACCUCUUUUCAGAAGACUUAAUAAAAGCGAGUCUCCAAUUUUCAACUGCAUGCAUCUGUUUGUGUUUUCAUAUCUCACGCGGGAUCUUUCCCUUUUUCAUUUUUUUAUGGUUAAUCAUAAUCGCUUAGUGUUUUAUGUAAAUAUUGUAUACAUGUUUGGCACAAUUAUCCCAUUGGAUAAUAUUUUCGGUCACUGUUUAUACUUUUUUGUGAUUUUAUUUCAUUAUUUUUGUUGUUUCAAAUAAAUAUAUCAAGCAUGUCAAAUCAGCAGAUUUUACUAUACUUCAUAUGAAGUUUAUUGAUGUUCAUCACAAAAUGAUUAAGUCCUUAACUUAAAUCUUGAAAAAAAUGCCUUUUUAGGAAUUCUGCCAAAUAUAAUUCUAUACACAUUAUUUUUUAGAAACUUGUCGCUGCACUAUAUGAAAAUCUGUUGUGUAUACAGUAAACUUCACUUAAAGCGAACACGGUUAUAGCGAACAUUUGCCCUUCUUUAUUUAAUAUAAAAUAUACGGUUAUAGCGAACCCGGUUAUAAGGAAUUAUCGACUCAUCAUGCAUAUAUAUAUAUGAUUAAAUAUUUAAAAAAAAAUUGUUAAGGCAUUUAAGAACAGAACAGAACAUGAAUUUUACCAUUUCGCUCCUCAUCCAUUACACGAGUAUACAUUAUUGUGUCAAAGUCAAACAAUAAAAUAAAUUAUACAGUACAGACGUAGCACUGAAUUUAUUUGUUGGCAGUAGCUUUUAAUUGUUUGUACGUAGUUGUUAAGAUAGAACGACCAUUUUAAGAGUUAUUUCCAAUAUAGAUGUUUAGACCAUUUGUUUUUAUAACCAUUUUAUACAGAAAUAUAUGAUAUAAAAUAUUAAUGUUUGUUUAGACUUAUAAAUAUCUGACAUGUCAUUUUGUAUAAAUUCUCUCAAUACGAGAC